UACGAAGGGCUGGAAUUUGGGAUAUAAUAAUAGGAUUCCUUGGCAUAUGAGAGCGUUCACACAUGAGAUGAGAUGAUAUUGAUAAUAAAGCUAAUAAAUUUGACACCCAUUUCUUCCAUAUUUUCUCCCUACUCGCUGUUUACUUACCUUUUCCUACCCCAAUCCUUCUCUCCAUCACUGCUUUUCUUCCUCACUUCUAUGCUAUUCGAUUCCUUCCUUCUCUCAUCUCAUCAUCUUUCUCCAGUUUUAGGUGCGGUCUGUGUGGAAUGAAGAUCGAGGAAUUGGAUGACGUGGAUUCUGAUCGGAACGACAGCGUUUACGAAACGCAGAUUGUGAAGGUCGACGCCAAGAGAGCUCUUGUCGGAGCUGGGGCUCGGAUCCUUUUUUACCCGACCCUUUUGUAUAAUGUGCUUCGGAACAAGAUGGAGUCUGAAUUCAGAUGGUGGGACGAAAUAGACCAGUUUCUUUUGCUUGGUGCCGUUCCAUUCCCUAAAGAUGUUCCACGGCUGAAGCGGCUUGGUGUUGGUGGUGUAAUCACUCUCAAUGAACCUUAUGAAACAUUGGUUCCCUCGUCGUUAUAUCUUGCCCACGGGAUUGACCAUCUUUUAAUUCCUACUAGAGAUUACCUUUUUGCUCCUUCGCUAGUUGAUAUUAGCCGAGCUGUGGAGUUCAUUCACAAAAAUGCAUCUUCUGGUAGAACUACUUAUGUCCAUUGUAAAGCUGGUCGUGGUAGGAGCACUACAAUUGUUCUUUGCUAUUUGGUGGAGUACAAAAGUAUGACACCAGCUGCUGCACUUGAUUAUGUACGGUCUAGAAGGCCUCGUGUUCUUUUAGCCCCCACUCAGUGGAAGGCUGUUCAAGAAUUUAGCAGACGAAGACCAGCUACGGCUGCAUACUCUCCCUCAGGAGAUGCCGUUCUUAUCACAAAAGCAGACCUUGAAGGGUAUCAUGGUGCUGCUGAGAAUGCUAGUAAGCAACUUGAUAUGGUUCAUAAAGUGGUGAGGACCAGUCCAAUGAUAGCAAGAUUGUCAUGCCUAUUUGCUUCUUUGAAAGUAUCUGGUAGUUGCGGAACAGUUUCUAGGCGCUUACCUGUACCGGAGCCACGUGCUUGCUGAAAAACCCUCAUGCCCUCCAACUAAUCGGUUGCUUGUACAGAAGAGCAUUGUGAAAAAUAAGGCUACAAAAAGCUAAGGUUUCAAUGCACAUUCGGUAGCUUUGUGUAUGGGAAGAGAAAGAUAAGUGAAUGAAAAAAUAAAAGAACAAAAAGAAAAAAAAAACCAAGCGGAAGUCUUGAAGGUUUGUGUAUAACAAUGUUUUGAAUCUUUGAUGACUGAGAAAUAUGAAUGAAUAUUCUCAGUUCCGCUUUGUACAUGAAACUUGCACCAAUUUUCCGACACCCCAUAAUCAUUUCUUUUUAGUAUUGAAAA